UGGGCGCGGACGUGGACCUGGACGUGGACGCGGACGUGGACAUGAACGUGGGCGCGGACGUGGACGUGGACGCGGACGUGGACGUGGGACGCGGACCGGGGACGCGGACGGACGCGGACGGGGGGACGCGGACGGGGACGCGGACGUGGACGCGGACGUGGACGCGGACGUGGACGCGGACGCGGACGCGGACGUGGACGCGGACGCGGACGUGGACGCCGACGUGGACACGGACGUGGACGCGGAAGUGGACGCGGAAGUGACGCAGACGUGGACGCCAGACGUGGACGUGGACGUGGACGUGGUCGUGGACGAGGACGUGGACGUGGACGUGGACGUGGACGUUGACGUGGUCGUGGACGUGGACGUGGACGUGGACGUGGUCGUAGACGUGGACGUGGACGUGGACGUGGACGAGGACGUGGUCGUGGACGUGGUUGUGGGUCGUGGUCGUGGACGUGGACGUGGACCUGGACGUGGACCUGGACGUGGACGUGGACAUGGACGUAGACGUGGUCGCGUGGACUUGGACGUGGACGUGGACUUGGACGUGGACGUGGACGUGGCCGUGGACGUGGACGUGGACGUGGACGUGGGUGCAGACGUGUACGUGGACGAGGACGUGGUCGUGGACGUGGUCGUGGUCGUGGUCGUGGACGUGGACGUGGACCUGGACGUGGACCUGGACGUGGACGUGGACGUGGACGUAGACGUGAGGUGGACGUGGACGUGGACCGUGGACGUCGACGUGGACCUGGACGUGGACGUGGACGUGGACAUGGACGUGGACGUGGACGUGGACAUGGACGUGGACGUGGACGUGGACUUGGACUUGGACGUGGACGUGGACAUGGUCGUGGACGUGGAUGUGGACGUGGACGUGGACGUGGACGUGGACGUGGACGUGGACGUGGAGGACGUGGACGUGGUGGUGGACGUGGACGUGGAUGUGGAGGACGUGGACGCGGAGGACGUGGACGUGAACGUGGACGUGGACGUGGACGUGGACUUGGACGUGGACGUGGACGUGGACAUGGACUUGGACGUGGACGUGGACGGGGACUUGGACUUGAACGUGGACGUGGUCGUGCACGUGGACGUGGACGUGGACGUGGACGUGGACGUGGACGUGGACGUGGUCGUGGACGUGGACGUGGACGUGGACGUGGUCGUGGACGUGGACGUGGACGUGGACGUGGACGAGGACGUGGUCGUGGACGUGGUCGUGGUCGUGGUCGUGGACGUGGACGUGGACCUGGACGUGGACGUGGACGUGGACGUGGACGUGGACGUAGACAUGGUCGCGUGGACUUGGACGUGGACGUGGACGUGGACUUGGACGUGGACGUGGACGUGGCCGUGGACGUGGACGUGGACGUGGACGUGGACCGUGGACGUCGACGUGGACCUGGACGUGGACGUGGACGUGGACAUGGACGUGGACGUGGACGUGGACAUGGACGUGGACGUGGACGUGGACUUGGACGUGGACGAGGACGUGGACUUGGACGUGGAUGUGGACAUGGUCGUGGACGUGGAUGUGGACGUGGACGUGGACGUGGACGUGGACGUGGACGUGGACGUGGAGGACGUGGACGUGGAGGACGUGGACGUGGUCGUGGACGUGGACGUGGACGUGGAGCACGUGGACGUGGAGGACGUGGACGUGGUCGUGGACGUGGACGUGGACGUGGACGUGGACUUGGACGUGGACGUGGACGUGGACGUGGACUUGGAUGUGGACGUGGACGGGGACUUGGACUUGAACGUGGACGUGGUCGUGCACGUGCACGUGGACGUGGACGUGGACUUGGACGUGGACGUGGACGUGGACGUGGACGUGGACGUGGCCGUGGAUGUGGACGUGGUCGUGGUCGAGGACGUGGACGUGGACGAGGACGUGGACUUGGACGUGGACGUGGACGUGGACGUGGACGUGGACGUUGACGUGGACCUGGCCCUGGACGUGGACGUGGACCUGGCCGUGGACGUGGACGUGGACGUGGACGUGGUCGUGGACGUGGACGUGGACGUGGUCGUGGACGCAGACGUGGACGUGGACGUGGACUUGGACGUGGAGGUGGACGUGGACGUGGACGUGGAGGACGUGGACGUGGAGGACGUGGACGUGGAGGACGUGGACGUGGACGUGGACGUGGUCGUGGACGUGGACGUGGUCGUAGACGUGGACGUGGUCGUGAACGUGGACGUGGACGUGGACGUGGACCUGGACGUGGACGUGGACGUGGACGUGGUCGUGGACGUGGACGUGGACGUGGACGUGGACGUUGACGUGGUCGUGGACGUGGACGUGGACGUGGACGUGGACUUGGACGUGGACGUGGACGAGGACGUGGACGUGGACGUGGACGUGGAGGACGUGGACGUGGACGUGGACGUGGACGUGGUCGUAGACGUGGACGUGGACGAGGACGUGGUCGUGGACGUGGACGUGGACGUAGACAACGUGGACUUGGACGUGGACGUGGACGUGGACGUGGACGUGGACGUGUACGUGGACGUGGACGUGGACGUGGACGUGGACGUGGUCGUGGAAGUGGACGUGGACGUGGACGUGGUCGUGGACGUGGACGUGGACGUGGACGUGGUCGUGGAUGUGGACGUGGACGUGGACUUGGACGUGGACGUGGAGGACGUGGACGUGGAGGACGUGGACGUGGACGUGGAAUUGGUCGUGGACGUGGACGUGGUCGUAGACGUGGACGUGGACGUGGUCGUGGACGUGGACGUGGACGUAGACGUGGACGUGGACGUGGACGUGGUCGUGGACGUGGACGUGGUCAUCGACGUGGACGUGGACGUGGACAUGGACGUGGAGGACGUGGACGUGGACGUGGAGGACGUGGACGUGGACGUCGACGUCGACGUGGACGUGAAGGUGGACGUCGACGUGGUCGUGGACGUGGACGUGGACGAGGACGUGGACGUGGAUGUGGACUUGGACGUGGACGUGGAUGUGGUCGUGGACGUAGAAGUGGACGUGGACGUGGACGUGGUCGACGUGGAGGACGUGGACGUGGAGGACGUGGACGUGGAUGUGGUCGUGGACGUGGACGUGGUCGUGGACGUGGACGUGGACGUGGUCGUGGACGUGGACGUGGACGUGGACGUGGACGUGGACGUGGUCGUGGACGUGGACGUGGUCGUGGACAUGGACGUGGACGUGGACGUGGUCGUGGACGUAGACGUGGACGUGGACGUGGUCGUAGACGUGGACGUGGACGUGGACGUGGUCGUGGACGUGGACGUGGACGUGGACGUGGACGUGGCCUGGACGUGGAGAACGUGGACGUGGACGUGGCUUGGACGAAUGGACGUGGACGUGGACGUGGACGUGGACGAGGACGUGGACGUGGAGGACGUGGACGUGGAGGACGUGGACGUGGUCGUGGACGUGGACGUGGACGUGGACUUGGACGUGGACGUGGACGUGGACUUGGACGUGGACGUGGACGGGGACUUGGACUUGAACGUGGACGUGGUCGUGCACAUGGACGUGGACGUGGACGUGGACGUGGACGUGGACGUGGACUUGGACGUGGAUGUGGACAUGGUCGUGGACGUGGAUGUGGAUGUGGACGUGGACGUGGACGUGGACGUGGACGUGGACGUGGACGUGGAGGACGUGGACGUGGAGGACGUGGACGUGGUCGUGGACGUGGACGUGGACGUGGAGGACGUGGACGUGGAGGACGUGGACGUGGUCAUGGACGUGGACGUGGACGUGGACGUGGACUUGGACGUGGACGUGGACGUGGACGUGGACUUGGACGUGGACGUGGACGGGGACUUGGACUUGAACGUGGACGUGGUCGUGCACGUGGACGUGGACGUGGACGUGGACUUGGACGUGGACGUGGACGUGGCCGUGGACGUGGACGUGGACGUGGUCGUGGUCAAGGACGUGGACGUGGACGAGGACGUGGACUUGGACGUGGACGUGGACGUGGACAUGGACGUGGACGUGGAUCUGGCCCUGGACGUGGACGUGGACCUGGCCGUGGACGUGGACGUGGACGUGGACGUGGUCGUGGACGUGGACGUGGACGUGGACGUGGUCGUGGACGCAGACGUGGACGUGGACGUGGACUUGGACGUGGAGGUGGACGUGGACGUGGACGUGGAGGACGUGGACGUGGAGGACGUGGACGUGGAGGACGUGGACGUGGACGUGGACGUGGUCGUGGACGUGGACGUGGUCGUAGACGUGGACAUGGUCGUGGACGUGGACGUGGACGUGGACGUGGACCUGGACGUGGACGUGGACGUGGACGUGGACGUGGUCGUGGACGUGGACGUGGACGUGGACGUGGACGUGGACGUGGACGUUGACGUGGUCGUGGACGUGGACGUGGACGUGGACGUGGACUUGGACGUGGACGUGGAGGACGUGGACGUGGACGUGGACGUGGACGUGGACGUGGACAUGGAUGUGGACGUGGACGUGGUGGUGGACGUGGUGGUGGACGUGGAGGUGGACGUGGACGUGGAUGUGGACGUGGACGUGGUCGUGGACGUGGACAUGGACGUGGUCGUGGACGUGGACGUGGACGUGGACGUGGUCGUGGACGUGGACGUGGACGUGGACCUGGACCUGGACGUGGACGUGGACUUGGACGUGGACCUGGACCUAGACGUGGACCAGGACGUGAACCUGGACGUGGACCUGGACGUGGACGUGGACUUGGAUGUGGACGUGGAUUUUGACGUGGACUUGGACGUGGACGUGGUCGUGGACGUGGACGUGGACGUAGAUGUGGAUGUGGACGUGGAAAUGGACGUGGACGUGAACGUGGACGUGGAACUGGACGUGGACGUGGACUUGGACGUGGACGUGGACGUGGACUUGGACGUGGACGUGGACCUCGACCUGGACGUGGACCUGGACGUGAACCUGGACGUGGACGUGGACUUGGACGUGGACGUGGAUUUGAACGUGGACUUGGACGUGGACGUGGUCGUGGACGUGGACGUGGACAUGGACGUGGACGUGGACGUGGUGGUGGACGUGGUGGUGGACGUGGACGUCGAAGUGGACGUGUACAUGGACGUGGACUUGGACGUGGUCGUGGUCGUGGACGCGGACAUCGAUGUGAUCGUGGACGCGGAGGUGGACGUGGUCGUGGACGUGGACACGGACGUGGACGUGGACGUGGACCUGGACGUGGACGUGGUCGUGGACGUGGACGUGGUCGUCGACCUGGACGUGGACAUGGACGUGGACGUGGACUUGGAGUUGGCAUGGACGUGGACGUGGACUUGGACUUGGACGUGGUCGUAG